AUGGCCGACGUCCCGAUGCUCGUCAUCUCCGACACGGCAUCGUCGGAGCGCCGCAUCACGCCCAGCUGGACCAUUUCGACGCUCAAGGCGAAGCUCGAGCACAUUACGGGCGUGCCGCCGUCGGCACAGACGCUGUUUCUGGCACCGGCUGCCGUGCCGGGCGCCACCUCGUCUGCGGGCCCUGCGCAAAGAACGCCCAUUGCGGCAGCGGACGAGGAUGCCACACAGCUGGCCCAGUUCGCCCUGAGCCCCUAUGCCGAGCUGCACGUCGUGGACACGCGCCCGCCGGGCCAGCGGCCCAACUACACCGACACGUCGGCCGUGGAAAAGUACGUGCUGCCGGCCGAGGCCUAUGCCGCCAAGGCGGACAGCGUGCUGGCGUGGAAAAAGGCCCAGAAGCUCGGUCGCUUCGACCCCGAUGCGCCCGAGCACGCGCGCGCGCGCAUCGCCGCCUUUGCAGCCGAGGCCGAGGCGCGCGGCAUUGCCGUGGGCAAGCGCUGCCGCGUGGGCGGCGACGACACGCGGCGCGGCGUGGUGCAGUACGUGGGGGACGUGCCGGAGAUUGGCGCGGCGGCGGCGGCGGCCAUUGUGGCGAACCCGAGCGCAAGCGAGCAGGCCGCGCUUGGCGCCGCGGGCACGUGGGUGGGCGUGGAGCUGGACGAGCCCGUGGGCGGCAAGAACGACGGCAGCAUUGGCGGAACGCGGUACUGGGGCGCGGAGCCGAAAGCGGGCGCGCCGGUUCAGAAGAAGGGGGUGUUUGUGCGGCCGGAGCGCGUAGAGGUGGGCAGCGAGUUUGGCCCGCUGGACGACCUGGACGACAUGGAGGAGAUUUAG